AGCUCGAUCGAUCUUCUGACGUCAAGUUUCCUUCACGUCGCCAAGCAAUACUACGAGAUGAGAACGGUGUCUUCUUCCGCUCAGAAACUUAGGUGCAUCUAAAGAAUCCAGCGCCCGGACACAUCAGCAUAGGCGUAGCCGGUUCCCUGCGUCCGACGUAUCAACCGAAGAGAAUAACUAUAGGUAUACCUUCCUGUAUCUCUAUCGUCGUUAUCAUCACCAUGGCCCCGCCGGUCCCCGGGUUCAAGCUCAACGAAAACGGGAUCCCGGACUUCGACGACCUCCCGCUGCGGAAGGGGGAUCCCCACCUCUCGGCAUGGGGGCUGUACGGCGACAAGGACGAGCUCGGCACCCUCAACCGGCUGACUGAUGAGCGGGUCGCCGCCGCCGCCAAGAGUGAGAUCCGGACGGGGCGUAGGAUCUCGCUCAACUGGCCGCUCAACUCGCAGCAGUCGGGGCGGUCCUUCUUCUCGCGGCAGGCCUUCCACCAGGAGUUAAUCCGCAAGGACCCGCGCGUCGUCAACGACGACGUCUGGUCCUUCAAUUCUCAGGUCGCCACCCAGUGGGACGGCCUGCGCCACUACGCCUACCAGCGCGAGGCCCUCUUCUACAACGGCGUCACCCAGGAGGACAUCCACGGCCCCGGCUCCACUGUUAACGGCAUUCACGCCUGGGCCGAGCAAGGCAUCGUGGGGCGCGGCAUCCUAGUCGACUACCACGGGUGGCGCACGGGCGCGCCGUCCCCGCCGUCCGCCAGCGCGGCCGCCUUCUCGCCGCUGGCACAGACCUCGAUCCCGCUCGAGGACCUGCUGGCCUGCCUGGCGGCGCAGGGCACGGCGCCGCGGUUCGGCGACAUCCUGUUCGUGCGGACCGGCUUCGCGGCCGCAUACGCCGCGCUCACGCCCGACGAGCUCGCCGCGCACCGCGCCGUCGUCCCCCACCGCUUCGGCGGCGUCGCGCGCUCCGCCGCCCUCCUGCGCUGGCUCUGGUCCACCUUCGCGGCCGUCGCCGGCGACCAGCCCUCCUUCGAGUCCUGGCCCUCCGCCUCCGCUGCCGCCGCCUCUUCUCCUUCGGUCGACCCCGACGCCGACCCCGCCCUCGCCGGCCACGCCCUCCACGAGAUCCUCCUCGCCGGCUGGGGCUGUCCCGUCGGCGAGCUCUUCGACCUCGAGGCCCUCGCCGCCCACUGCCGCGCCGAGCGCCGCUGGAGCUUCUUCGUCGCGAGCGAGCCCUGCAACGUCCCCGGCGGCGUCGCGAGCCCGCCCAACGUCCUCGCCAUCUUCUGAGCCUCGACCCCCUCCUGCUGCUUGGGACAGCCAGGAAGGGAAAGGAAAAUAGGGAGGGAAGAAAAGGGGGGAGUAGAGUGAGGUAGAUCGCACGUCCGUCUACCAGUUCCGUUUAGGUUUCGAUACUUGCC